AUGGGUUCCGACGUGGCCUCCCCCUCCAGCAGAGCCUCGUCCCCAGAGCUGGAGGAAGCGGGCAGCCCCGAGCUCCUGUGUGAAGCCUUCCCAGCGGCUCGCCAGCAGGGGCCCGGGGCGCCCAGCCCCAGCGGCGGGGCCGGGGCCGGGGGGAAGCUGCGGGGCAGCAGGACGGAGCAGUCGGACGACCAGCGGCGGAAGGUGAACAGCCGCGAGCGCCGGCGGAUGCACCACCUGAACCAGGCGCUGGACGGCCUGCGGGAAGUGAUGCCCUACUCGCAGGGGCCGGCGGUGCGCAAGCUCUCCAAGAUCGCCACCUUGCUGCUGGCCCGCAACUACAUCCUCACGCUGAGCAGCUCCCUGCAGGAGAUGCGGCGGCUGCUGAGCGAGCUCCACGCAGCGCCCCGCAGCCACCCGCUCCCCCAGGUCCGCCCCAUGCCCCCCGCCGCCGGGGCGCAGAGCCUGCCCCCCUGGCCCUCCGCCUGCUCCGUGGCGGCCGCGGCUGGGUACCUGGGCUUCCGAGCGGCUCCGCAAGAGACUCACCGCACGGCAGCGGGGCCCCUGGGCCCCUUUUACAGACGCUACUCCGGCUUGCCCUGCCUCUGCUCCUUAUGCCAGGCCGGGCCCCAGGAGCUGCCAAGAACGGCAGCCGCCCCGUCCUGCCUCCGGGCAAGCAAGUGA